AUGUUAGAAUCCAUCAUUAAGAAAAGUAGCCUUGAACGGGGAAGUAAGGUUGAAGAUAUUGCAGAGAGAUUAGAAUCCAUCAUUGGGAAGAGUAACCAUGAAUGGGGAAAUAAGGUUGAAAGUAUUGUAGAGAGAUUAGAAUCCAUCAUUGAGAAGGGUAACCAUGAAUGGGGAAGUACGGUUGAAAGUAUUGCAGAGAUAUUGGAAUCAAUCAUUGAGAUGAGUGACCAUGAAAGAGGAAGUAAGGAUGUAGAUUCCAUCAUUGAGAAGAGUGAUCAUGAAUGGGGAAUCAAGGAGGAAGAUAUUUCGGAGACAAAGAAGAUGAAUUUGGAAAAAGAAGAAAUCAUUACUUCCUCGCAGAAUAAGAAUGACCCUAACCAAAAGUGGAUACCAGCUUUGAAGAAUCCAUCAUUGAAUUUCUUAUCAAAUCUUGGUUUUAUAACUUCCAAAAUUAGUGAAGCCUUUCUUGGUUUUCUAACAUUCAUCAAGAAUUCAUACAAUUGUCUUAAACCAUAUAUCAUUGGACUCAUGAAAAUAACUUCACAGCUUCUUAUUGGAUUUGGGAAGGUCAUUGUAAGCCUUGCAAUCAUAGUCAUAAAAAUAAGUAUGCAGUUGCUUAUUGGAAUUGGGAAGAUCCUUUCUCAUUCUAUGAAAAAAGCCAUCAUCAUGAAGCAAAAACCUCGAUUACUUGAUGGAAGCGCGCCAAUGUUAAACGAAUUUGGUCCUAGCUAUGAGGCUUUGAUGAGACUCUUGAGACUGGAUAGUAUGUGA